AUGUCCGUUUGCCUCGCCCAGAACCCCACCGUGACCCGAGUGGUCAAGCUGCUUGAGACCCACGUCGGUCGAGACAAGAUCCUGCGGUCCAUCCAGUACUUCUCGCGGUUCCUGACCUACUACCUGUUCCGAAAGGGCUACACCAAGGACACCAUUGAUAUUUUCCGAAAGAUCCAGAACCAGUUCUCCAUGGCCCGAAAGCUGUUCCGAGUUGGAAAGCCCAUUGGCCAUCUCAAGACCGCCGCCGUGUCGUUCGAGAACAAGACCCUGGACCCUUGUCUGCGAUACACAACCAUUGGCCGAAACCUCGGCUACGCCAUCUACCUGGUCUUUGACUCCAUCAUCUACAUCAACGGCUCCGGCAUCAAGAAGAUUGACAACAUCAAGACCAUCAAGAAGGUCGGCUCCUACUUCUGGGCCUUUGGUAUCUUCUGCAACAUUCUCAACUCCAUCCACAAGAUCAACAUCUGCAAGAAGAAGCGAGCUGCUCUGGCAGCAGAGAAGGAGAAGGACACCACCUCCGCCAAGAAGAACGACAAGGACGCUGCCGCUGCCCAGAAGCAGCUGGUCUGGGAUCUCCUCGAUUUCUCCAUCCCCCUCACCUCUCUCGGCUACCUGCACCUCGAUGACGGUCUCGUCGGCCUGGCUGGUUUCGCUACCGGUAUUAUGGGUGUCCAGAAGGCCUGGGCCGCUACUGCUUAG